UGCACAAAUUCGUGCACCAGGCCUCUAGUUUUGAAUCAUGGAAUUGAUCUGAAAAUUGUGGAGUUAGUCAUUUAUGUUGCAAGUAUCGUGAGAGAAUGAAUGAAGACUUAGAACAAUGCUUGUGGGGUCCUCACUUCCCAUCCAUCGUAGUUAUCCAAGGAGAGUGACUUAGUUGACCUUCAGAAUACAGGUAUUUACCAUCCUCCUAUUUCUCACAGAGGUGGCCUCAGUAACAUGCUGUUCCUGUGCUCCUUACCCGACACUGUGGCCACCGUUGGUGACGAGCCUCGGAAAGUGCUCCUACGGCUGUAUGGUGCGAUUUUAAAGAUGAGGUCCUGUAAUAAGGAGGGAUCCGAACAAGCUCAGAAUGAAAAUGAAUUUCAAGGCACUGAGGCCAUGGUUCUGGAGAGCGUCAUGUUCGCCAUUCUUGCAGAGAGGUCGCUUGGGCCGAAGCUCUAUGGCAUCUUUCCGCAAGGCCGCCUGGAGCAGUUUAUCCCGAGCCGGCGAUUAGAGACUGAAGAAUUAAGUUUGCCAGAUAUUUCUGCGGAAGUAGCUGAGAAAAUGGCCACAUUUCAUGGAAUGAAGAUGCCAUUCAAUAAGGAACCAAAAUGGCUUUUUGGAACAAUGGAAAAGUAUCUAAAUCAAGUGCUGAGAAUUAAAUUUACCGAGGGAGCCAAGGUGAAGCAGCUCCACAGAUUCCUCAGUUACAACCUGCCUUUGGAACUGGAGAACCUGAGAUCAUUGCUUGAAUCCACUCCAUCUCCAGUUGUAUUUUGUCAUAAUGACUGUCAAGAAGGUAACAUCUUAUUGCUGGAAGGGAGAGAGAAUUUGGAAAACCAGAAACUGAUGCUCAUCGACUUUGAAUACAGCAGUUAUAAUUACAGGGGAUUCGACAUUGCGAACCAUUUCUGUGAGUGGAUGUAUGAUUAUAACUAUGAGAAGUACCCCUUUUUCAGAGCAAACCUGGGGAAGUUCCCCACCAGGAAGCAGCAGCUCCAUUUUAUUUCCAGUUACUUGGCUGCAUCCCUAAAUGAAAUUGAAAACCUCAGUAAUGAAGAAAAAUUCAUUAUAGAAGAAGAAAUGCUGGUUGAAGUCAAUAGGUUUGCCCUUGCCUCCCAUUUCUUCUGGGCACUGUGGUCCAUCGUGCAGGCCAAGAUUUCAUCCAUCGAAUUCGGCUACAUGGACUAUGCCCAAGCGAGGUUUGAUGCCUAUUUCCACCAGAAGAGGAAGCUGGGGGUGUGACCGCGGGAGGACUUCUUAUACUCCGUCCCUGGACUGCGUGGGGCGGCCGAGCCAUGGAGCCCUCUGCUCCAACUGCUGUUCCUGCGGCAAGAAGCUGGGAUGGCUCGCUGCCGCACACAGAUGUGUAUGAUACAAAAGACUGUAUUAAAAUUGAGUAACAUUUAUUUCAUAUCUUGUUUACGAUUUCACUAGGCCUCUGACAAGCUCGGGCAGCAGAAACACAGUUCAGUAGUGCAAUAGUGCGAUAGCUCAGAUUCCUCUAGUCCAGAGAGGCCCCGCCUGCGCAGACAUGCAGCCAGCCAGCAUGCCACCACAGGCGCUUCUGGUUACUGUUGACUCUUUACAGGACUUUACCCUGCUGGUGAGCACUGUACCGGCUCUGUAGGUAACGUGUGUAGACACUGCUCACUCCUGAGGGUGACGAGGGACAGGCAGACCGUGAUGCCGCUCGUGGCCUGACAGUCGUCUCCAGAAGCUGUUCCUUCACCCUCUGGUCCAAAAGGCUGAAGCUCAAGGAAGCAGAAUGCACACGGCGGGCGCCAGCUGCUGUCUCCGUGCGAUGAAUGUAGCUCCUGGUACCUGUCGUGUGUUCAGUUGUACGGACAGAUCUCUCCCUAAGUGGGUGUAGCCUCUGCCUCGCCCUCCUCACUGAAUGUUGCUUUAUUAACUCUGCCUCAAAGGGCCACGGCAGGCAAGGGCAGCGUGGGGGUGUGCAGGCCCCUGCCUCCCAGCUGCCUCCUGUGGGGACCAGGGGCUUUGUCCCCUCCCUGCCGCCUUUUCUCCUCCAUGACUGCAGCCUGGAGCUGACCGUUCUGUGACAGGGCUGUCUGCCCCAGGGCCCCUCAGGAGCAGAAACCCUGGCUGGGGCUCUCGGUGGCCAACCCUCACUGCUCUGACGCCCCAGUGUCCUUCCGGUGGGACCAGCAGCCUGUGUGUGACAUGUGGGGCGUGGGUAGACUAUAGCUGUGAAAUUUGUAUAUGUUAAAUAUCCUUUGGGAUACAUUUUUUAAACCUCUUACUGAAUUAUUUCUGUGCAUACAGUUCUGCUACCACAGAGAUUGUACUAUACAAACAAUAAAAAAAUAAAACCCCA